AUGGGUAGCGUUCCAGCAACAGAAGAGGCCUACGUGAUCGAGGAACAUCCCAUCAACGAGCCUCGGCCCCUGCGGAUCAUCGUCGUCGGGGCAGGCGCUUCAGGCCUCUGCUUUGCCCACGCCGCGCAGACACACCUCCGAAACGUCGAGGUUGUUCUGUACGAGAAGAAUCCCUCCAUCGGCGGAACGUGGUAUGAGAAUAAAUAUCCUGGUGUCGGGUGCGAUAUUCCUUCGCACAACUACCAGUUCUCCUGGAACCCCAAUCCAGAUUGGAGCCAAUUCUUCGCCGGCGGCGCGGAGAUCUUGAAGUAUUUCCAAGAUACGGCAAUCAAGUUUGACUUGGACAAGUACAUCAAGUUGAAGCACAAGGUGACCGGUGCCGUAUGGGAUGAAGAUGAAGGUAAAUGGACCGUCACGGUUGAGAACCAAGAGACCAGUAAGGUCUUCGAGGACUACGGCCACUUCCUGAUCAACGGAUCGGGCUUUCUCAACAACUGGAAAUUGCCCGACAUCCCAGGCAUCUCCUCGUUCAAGGGCGAGUUGCUACACACUGCUGGAUGGAAGGAUGGCACGACCUUUGAAGGAAAGACCGUGGCUCUCAUCGGCAACGGCUCUAGUGGUAUCCAGAUUCUCCCGGAACUUCAAAAAGGCGCCAAGCAAGUUAUCGCCACGAUUCGGAGUGCCACUUGGAUCACGCCGGCGUUUGCCCAGACCCAUGCUGGUCCCAGAGGUGCCAACUUUUCCUACACCGAUGAGCAAAAGAAGGAGUUCAGAGACGAUGAAACCAAGUACAUGAAGUACCAGAAGGAGCUGGAGUCUGAGCUCAGCGCCGGCUUCGCCCUCGUCUAUAAGGACUCGGAGUAUCAGGGUCAAGCCCGAGCCCUCGUCGAACAGAUGAUGAGACAUUCCAUCGGCGAAAACAAAUCGCUGGCCGAUAUCCUGAUCCCUGAUUUCGGGCUUCUAUGCCGGCGACCGACUCCCGGCGUGGGCUACCUCGAGGCACUGACGGAAAAGAAUGUGCGCGUCGUCAUGGACCACGUCAGUGAAAUCGUACCCGAGGGUCUAAAGCUCCCGUCAGGCGAGACGAUCGCAGUUGACAUGAUCAUCUGCGCCACCGGCUAUGACUUGAGCUGGCGUCCACGUUUCCCCAUCGUCGGCCGCAACAAGAUCAACCUCCAGGACUUGUACAAAGAUCGCCCGGUAGGCUAUCUUGGCCUUGCCGCCCCGGAUAUGCCAAACUGCUUUGUUUACUUCGGGCCCAACUCGCCCCUCGCACACGGCUCGGCCUUGCCAUCCUUAGAGCAUAUCACUUCGUACAUGGUCCGGAUGAUCCAUAAGACGCAGACGCAGGGAUAUCAUUCUUUUGAGCCUACACAGAAGGCUGCGAGUGACUUCAUUAAACACGCCGACGCCUUCUUCCCUCGGACCGUCUGGGGAACCAAGUGUCGAUCUUGGUUCAAGGGCGGCAAGGAGGACGGGCCUGUGUAUGCCCUGCACCCUGGAAGCAGGGCGCAUUGGUUCUGUACCAUGAACGAGCCUCGAUACGAGGACUAUAGCUGGAAAAGGUCGUCUGACAACACCUUUGCAUAUCUUGGAAACGGCUUCUCUCUCAGGGAGGUGGAGAAAUCCGACUUGGCUUGGUUCCUCGGUAGACAGGAGGGGGAGGCAUACAGGACUGUUACAUAUUGA